GGAACACAUGAGUUUCGGAGCGUGACCAAAGGUAAACUCUGCCCCGCUAUGACCUUAUAGCCUGUUAUAAAGCCUGUGAAGUGUUCGCGCGGGCAGCCCUCAGUGCUCGUCAGUGUGAGGCGGGAGAGGUGUGAGAGAGAGCGACUUCCUCCACUUUUCAACUGACCUACUUUCAGGGCCACAGAGGAAAUAAGUGGGAGCACGCGCAGGGUGAAGUUCAGCGGAGGUCUCAUCAUUCCUCCACCUGUGCAGGUAAACACGAUGGCUGCAGCGGUGGAAGCUCCGUCCGUGUCCAGCACCGGGUUCCGGGCCAUGUUCGCCAUGCUCACGCCCAACGAAUCAUCCUUCGAGACGGUGCAGGAGGUUCCGCAGUAUGUGCAGCAGGCCUCUCCGUACUUCAUAGGUCUGAUGCUUCUGGAGCUGGUGGUGGGGGCCCUGAAGGCAGAGACCCCCCUGCCCACCAUCAGCGAUGGGAUCACCUCCGUCUCCUGCGGCAUGAUUUCUAGGCUGCCUCUACUGUUAUUCAGAGGCUUCGAGCUGUCGGCUUACAUGUUCAUGUGGGAAAACUACCGCCUCCUGGAGCUGCCUUGGGACUCCCCCUGGACCUGGUGGUUCUGUCUGCUGGGAGUGGACUUCGGCUACUACUGGGUCCACCGCUUCGCUCACGAGGUGGCUUUCAUGUGGGCAGCUCAUCAGGUUCACCACAGCUCCGAGUACUACAACCUGACCACAGCCCUGCGCCAGUCUUUCAGCCAGCAGUUCACCUCAUGGAUUUUCUACAUGCCCUUGGCUCUGGUGAUCCCUCCCUCCAUCUUUGCUGUUCACAUCCAGCUGAACCUCCUGUACCAGUUUUGGAUUCACACAGAGGUCAUCAGACACCUCGGACCUCUGGAGUGGAUCUUUAAUACACCAAAGCACCACAGAGUUCACCAUGGGAGAAAUCUGUACUGCAUUGACAAGAAUUAUGGUGGGAUUCUGAUAAUCUGGGACCGUCUCUUUGGUACUUUUGCAGAGGAGUCCGAUAAAGUCAUCUAUGGCCUUGUCUUCCCCAUCAAGACUUUUGAAAUGAUCUACAUUCAGCUCCACUACUACUGGUACUUGUGGACUAAGUCUACCUAUUACAAAAGUACUGCUCACAAAUUCUUAACUUUCCUCAAUGGCCCAAGCUGGAAGCCUGGUAAAGCUCGACUGGGUGACCACGAGGACAAUCCAAAGGUGACGGGGAAGGAGGUUCCUUAUAACCCACGCUGGGCCCUGCCUCUGCAGCUCUAUGUGGUGCUCCACUUCUUUCUGGUGCUCAAGGCCUACCACGACCUCUUCCAAAACAAGAUGAUGCUGUCCCAGAUCACAGUCUUGGGCAUGACCUGCUACAUCCUGCUCACACUCACCGCACUGGGGUUCAUCAUUGACCAGAGACCGUCGGCCGGGCUGCUGGAGAUGCUGCGCUGUGUUGUCAUGGUAACCCUGCUGAGGUACAACAUGCUGACGCCCCUGCUGCCCGCCCUGACCGUGGCCACAGAGGCCUUUGUCUCCCUCUCUCUGCUGUUCUGGGUACUGCAGUGCGCGUCUCAACUGUUCACAAUCAAGAACAAAAUGGCCUGAAGAAACGCCUCAGUUCACCAUCUCGAAAAUCCACCCACAAAACUUGAUAAACCUAGACUGAAUGUACACAUAAAGAAGCUUAAAUCAAAAGUGCUAUUUUAUUAUCCUUAUGCAUUUGUAUGACAGACUUUGACUUCUGUGCUGCUAUGGUGCUAAAGAUUUUAAACUCUCAAAUGCAUUUUAAAUAUUUUAUUCCUGAAUGUCUUUUUUCAUCUCUGAUUUAGCUGUAAUUAUUUUCAAAGCACAAUCUAACGACCGUGUAAUGUAUUGAUGCUCAAGCUUCUUUUCUAUAGACACACGUCACUUUAAUGCCUUAUCGCUUUAGUUCACGACUCCCAUGUAUACCUCUAAGCAGAUUACGUCAAAGUAUUUCACUACCUGCCUGUAAUGCUGAACCAAACUAUUUUCCACUAUGCAAUAAAUAUAACAUAAAAAUAACACUAGAACU